AUGGAAGUUUCUUUUACCUCACAUGGAUCAAACUUUAGGAUUCAUCCAGUUCACGGUGAGUUGACAAUUCACAUUAACCCUAUUGGUGGACUCGUACCACAGAUUGACGGCAGACUGUACGUUAAUGGAUCCCUUAUUCAUCCUCAGGCUGGUGGUGGGUUCACAAUUAACAUUAACCCUGUUGGCCUACUCGUACCACCUCAAGCUGGUGAUGUCAAGAAAGAACAUGAAUCUGAAAACCCUAAACUCCCUUAUCCAUCUUUGAAAAUGGCUAACCCUAGGGUUUUCUUUGAUAUGACUGUGGGAGGCGAACCUGUUGGUCGGAUCGUGAUGGAGCUCUUUGCCGACACGACACCACGGACGGCAGAGAAUUUCCGCGCCCUAUGUACGGGUGAGAAAGGCAUGGGGAAGCUUGGUAAGCCACUCCACUACAAGGGAUCAAUCAUCUACCAUGCGGACCCCGGUUAUAUUAUUGCCGGAGGAGAUUUCAGUGACGGACGUAAAGGAUCCGGAGGCGAGUGUAUAUAUGAUAGUAGGUUUUUCGAGGAUGAGAACUUCAUCAGGAAGCACGACCGUCCGGGUAUCCUCUCCAUGGCCAACCGUGGUCCUGACACCAACGAAUCUCAGUUUAUGAUCUGCUUGAUGGUGAAUCCGGAACUCGAUGAUGUACACGUCGUGUUCGGCCAAGUUGUUGAAGGACUGGAUGUGGUCAGGAACAUUUCAAUGGAACGUCUGCUUUUAAGGCCCGUGGUGAUCGCCGACUGCGGUCAGAUUUCUUAG